AUGGAGUCCCCGACAGGCUCCCCUUCAAGAGAUAGUCAGGAUGGAGUAGACUUGCGCGAAAAGCUGACGAUUGUCAUCACAACGAGUCCAGCGAGCGAUCAUCCGGAAACGAACUUGAUCGAUCUCGUGUUGAAGAGUUUCGAGCUUGUCGAGGGGCUCUCGGACUGCAAGAAAGUGAUUGUGUGCGACGGGUAUCGGAUCUGGAAGGACUGCAACUUUCGAAACGGCAGGGUGGAUGAAAUCAGGCUGAGAAAUUACGAGGAGUACAAGUCCAACAUCAAGAAGAUGUCAGAGCGAUCCGAGGGACUCUGGCAGCAUUCAACCAUCAUGGAAUUGACGGAACACCACGGAUUCGGUUUUGCGGUUAAAUCCGCCCUGGACCUAGUCCACACUGACUAUGUUUGUGUUGUGCAACAUGAUCGAACUUUCAUGAGACCCGUCGACUUCGUGGAGAUACUCCAAGGAAUGGAGAAGGAGGGAGAUAGAGUCGGAUACGUCCUUUUGCCGACGUCGUCCACUCGCAAUUACGCUCAUGCCCAACGAACGAGGUUGGGCCAGUAUGGUCUGAAAGGAGCUGCUCUGAUUGAUGUUGAGGGAUACGCGAUUCCUCUGACUGCAAACUCCAAGUUGCUUCCUUGUCUGCAGUGGUAUGACAGCACUCACAUCUGCAGAACGUCCUUCUACCGCAACUUUGUCUUCGGCGAAACCAGAAACGAUGGGAGCGGGCAAGAACAAAGACUUUGUUGCAGGGGAGACUUCAUCGAGGACAGGUUCGGUCAAGCGCAGAUUAAAGACAUCCAGAAGUUGGGCAUGCCGGCUCAUGCGAAGUGGAAGACUUGGCUAUAUCAUGAUGGACUCGAGAGGGCUGUUGCGCACCUGAAUGGCAGGACAUUCAGGAAUGAGUCAAACGGUGUCAAAGGAAAGCAACAAGACUAG